AUGCGUUUCCAGAUGAUCCCCCUUCUUGCUGUCGCCAGCUGCGUGACUGCAAGCCCCAUCGAGCAUGAGCCUCGUGCAGCAGGUUGCAGCUCAUACACCAUCAUCAACACCAGGGGAACUGGUGAGGUUCAAGGCCCCUCAUCUGGUUUCAGAACCAUGAACUCUCGAAUCACCUCCCAAGUCUCGGGCGGAAAGAUUUACAACACUGUAUACCCUGCCGACUUUAGCCAGAACUCGGCAUCAGGAACUCGCGACAUCGUCAGGAAGGUCAACAGCGUCCUGUCUUCCAACCCCAACGAGUGCUUCAUUCUCGAAGGCUACUCUCAGGGUGCUGCCGCUACCGUCAACGCCAUGUCACAGCUGACUGGAAGCGCCAAGGAUGCUGUCAAGGGCGUCUUCCUCAUCGGCAACCCGCUACACAAGAGAGGUCUUGAGUGCAACGUAGACAACAAGGGCGGCGACACUACCAAGAACGUGAGCGGAAUCUCGGCAUUCGGAGGUGGUGGUAUUCCUCAGGACUGGGUCUCGAAGACUCUCGAUGUCUGUAUUUAUGGUGAUGGUGUUUGUGAUACCACACACGGCUCCGGUAUUAAUGGGCCUCAUCUGCAGUAUCCAAGGGAUUCGUCCACUCAGAACCUCGGAACUGAGUAUGUUGUGAAGCAGCUGACUGGCUCUAACUAG